AUGGAUAAAGGCUAUUUGAAUGGGGUUAUAUUCCUAGACUUAAAGAAAGCAUUUGACUGCGUAAAUCAUAGCAUUUUGUUAAAAAAAUUACAACUCUAUGGUAUAAAUGGAGUGGCAUAUAGCUGGUUUAAAUCGUAUUUAACAAAUCGAACCCAAAUGUGCAAGAUCGGACAAACUAGGUCGCAACAACAUACCAUACGUUGUGGAGUACCCCAAGGAUCUAAUUUGGGACCACUACUGUUUCUCCUAUAUAUAAACGAUCUACCAAACUGUUUAUCGUAUACAUCUGCGAAUAUGUUCGCAGAUGAUAGUACUAAUAUAACAACAAAAGGUUCCAACGUAGAGGACAUUCAAACGCGUUUAAAUGAUGAUCUAGAACAGAUUCAUCAAUGGUUAUUGGCAAAUAAAUUGACUUUAAAUAAAGAUAAAACAGAAUACAUGAUAAUUGGUUCGCGACAAAGACUAUCAAAGAUUGAAACUGACCCUGUAAAUGAAUUAG